AUGAAAACAAUAACAGCUUUAGUCCUCGUAGUAGGACUGGUAGGUGUCGAUAGUGCUAAGCUGACGACCACACUCGCCAACGGACGGGUAGUGGGCGGUGUGCCGGCCACCGCGGGUCAGGCGCCCUGGCAGGUGUCCAUUCAAGUGAACGGGUGGUUCGGGUGGAGUCACAACUGCGGCGGUUCACUCACCGGCAAACGAUCGGUGGUUACGGCCGCUCAUUGUGUCGAAGGCUAUACAAAGGAUACCCUAAAGAUCCAAUACGGGGGUCUCGAUAGGACUGCAUUGGCCACUGACAACCCAAUCGACACGAUAUUUGAGCAUGAACAGUGGAAUAAAGAGAGCAAGUUCGAUUACGAUUACGCCGUGAUCACCCUGGUCAACGAUAUCCAAGCGACGUCCAAUGUGGGAACCAUUGAGUUGGCACAGACCACACCGGCAGCCGGCACGGCCGCUGACCUGACCGGCUGGGGUCGCACCCAGGGAGGGGCCAGUACUCUACCGACUGACCUA